CCGUUGUAAACCGUGCUAGAAAAAAACACAAACCGUCCUCCUCUUCUCUCGAAUAACAAUUUUCCCAAAAUAAUUGCUCCUCGUAAUUAUUUCACUCUUCAUCUUCUUCGUUAUAGUUUUUUAUUUUCUGGUGUUGUUUUUCAUUUUGGUUGUGUGUCUGUUUGUUUGUUUUCUGUUAAAUCCGUUGGGGGUUUGUUUCCCAUUGAUGCUCAUCGCCACCAUCUCCGUCUCUCUGGUUGAUUCUAAUCGUGAGAGCAACGAUUCAUCUACUUUUUGAAUAUUUGUUAUGAGCAACAUACAAUGAUCUCCCGCUAUGCGUUGGCUUCCGCAAAUCUCCUUCUCGUCUCCCUCCUCUUCCCCCAAACCCGUGCCUUCUUCUUACUCUGAAUCCUCGGAUCCGGAUCGCAAUCUGGAUCGGGAUCGUUUCCACCGUCGCCUGUUUCGUUUCAACCGCGGGAGGCUCACGCGUCAGAGGAAGCUCCGCCACUUGACCGACGACGAUGUUUUGGCACAACGCCGCCCUUCUGCUUCAACGUCCGUCGUCGACGUCGGGUUAAAUCGGUCUCCAAGCGCUUACACGGCGGGUCCUCGCUCCCCUUCCGCCGUUCCCUUACCGUUACCUCUGCCGUUGCCAGAGGGAGACUCGAGGAAUCGGAAUGCGGCGAACGGUAGAGGUUUGGAGGAGAGAGAUCGAGAUACCGGUAGAGUUAUCGCUGAUCGCACCUCCUCUGGUCCUCCUCUCACCAGCGUUAAUGGCGUUACACAUUCUCCAUAUCAAGACGCUAGCUGUAACAAUAGUCCGAAUACUAGAAGAAACGGUUAUUGGGUGAGCAUACCAACCAUGAGUGCUCCAACGAGUCCCUACAUGAGUCCUGUCCCUAGCCCUCAAAGGAAGAGUACUGGCCACGAUUUGCCCUUUUUCAAUCUGCCUCCUAGGAGCAAUCAAGCAUGGUCAGCUCCUGAUAUGCCCUUUGACACCUCCGGACUUCCUCCCCCUGCAUUUUACGACUUCACUGCUUUUAGCACAGACAACUCUCCCAUCAAUAGCCCACGACCUCGAAGUCCACGCAGACAACAGAUCAGAAGUCCACAGCAGAGCAGGCCAACCUCACCGUUGCACUCGAUGCUGUCCCCUGAGCAUUCGGCUGCACCACGGGAUAGUGGUGUUUCCUCGCCGUUGCAUCCGAGGAUGUCUACUGAUGUUGCUAACGGACGCAGCUCCAAUGUUCAUCCUCUGCCUCUCCCUCCUGGAGCUGCCUCCUGUCCCUCUUCGUCAGCUGCUUCUCCUGUUUUGUACCCGCAGGCUCCUCCCAAACAGGAUUCGUUCCCCAUGAAUUCUCAGUGGAAGAAAGGGAAGCUAAUAGGUCGUGGUACAUUUGGAAGUGUUUACGUCGCCAGUAACAGUGAAACUGGAGCAUUAUGUGCGAUGAAGGAAGUUGAGUUGUUUCCUGAUGACCCGAAAUCUGCAGAGUGUAUAAAGCAAUUAGAGCAGGAGAUCAAACUUCUCAGUAACCUUCAACAUCCAAACAUUGUGCAGUAUUAUGGUAGUGAGACAGUAGACGAUCGCUUCUUUAUUUACCUGGAAUAUGUUCAUCCGGGUUCAAUUAACAAAUAUAUCCGAGAUCAUGGCGGCGGUACCAUGACAGAAUCUGUUGUUCGCAAUUUUACUCGCCACAUCUUGUCCGGGCUGGCUUAUUUGCACAGCAAGAAGACAGUACAUAGGGAUAUCAAAGGUGCUAACCUCCUUGUCGAUGCCUCUGGUGUUGUCAAGCUUGCUGACUUCGGCAUGGCUAAACACCUUACCGGGCAAAGAGCUGAUCUUUCAUUGAAGGGAAGCCCGUAUUGGAUGGCACCAGAGCUUAUGCAAGCAGUGAUGCAAAAAGAUAGCAACCCGGAUCUUGCAUUUGCUAUUGAUAUAUGGAGUUUAGGAUGUACAAUCAUCGAGAUGUUCACUGGAAAGCCUCCAUGGAGUGAGUUUGAAGGGGCUGCAGCUAUGUUCAAGGUCAUGAGAGAUAGCCCACCGGUACCUGAAUCAAUGUCACCGGAGGGCAAAGAAUUUCUCAGAUUAUGUUUCCAGAGAAACCCGGCAGAGCGACCAACUGCAUCUAUGUUGCUAGAACACCGGUUCCUAAAGAACUCUGUGCAAUCAACCUCACCACGUAACAGCGAUGUCUCAAAUUGCUCUCAUUUACUUAACGGGAUGAACAUAAAGGAACAAAACACUAGGAGGGAGAAACCAAAUUUCAAACUAGAUCAAAUUCCACGCGCUAGAAACGUGACAUCCUCAGAGAGCUUCUUCACACGUACUUCUUUUUCUCCAGUGAAAGUUGGCAGCAGCAACAGUACCGGUCUCCUGAUCUAACAGGGACAGUUCCCCGUCUGUCCCCUCGAUCCACUCUCGAGGCUAUUCCAAGCCCGUCACCAUCCCAACGACCUAAGCCAAGCACUGACCGGAGAAGAAUAUGCAUCUCUUCAGAUCAAGUUUGAUUUGCACCGAGGCAACAAUAUCAUAUGAAGACUUUUUUUUUCCCUUUUUCCUAUAUCAUAUGAAGAUAGUACAAUGCAUUCUCAUGCACAUAUGUGUGUAUCUAUGUACGUAGGUACAUUAGAGUUUGGGGGUAGAGGGUAGAAGGGUUUGUGUAUGUAACAUUUAAUUCCACUGUGGAAUUGAGAGAAGAGGCUUUGAUUCUUUCUUUUCCAUCUUUUUCUUUUCUGGGGGUUUUCAGAGAAGAGUUGUGUAUAAACGUCGUCUUGUGUACAUUUGGUUUUGGGAUCUGUAUCAUUUUUUAGAUUUAGAUCCAUUCAUUUAAAAGUUCAA